GGGCUCAUCAUCAUUUUAUCAUAUAAAAAAGCCAACAAUAGUGGUUGUCUGUCUGGUGGCCAAACCCAACGAAAUCAACUCUUGUUGCUUUAUGACACAAAUUCUCUGGUUCUUUUCCUUACAUUAUCUGAAAAUCUAAACCAAAAUGGUAGGAGAAUCAAGAAAAUGGGUGAUCCUGAUAGCAACAACAUGGAUACAAGCAUUUACAGGCACAAAUUUCGAUUUCUCAUCUUAUUCUUCGACACUCAAAUUGGUUCUUGGGAUUUCUCAACUUCAACUCAACUAUUUGUCCGUAGCUUCAGACUUGGGAAAGGCUUUUGGUUGGUGUUCUGGUGUCUUACUCCUCUAUUUUCCUUUGUGGGGUCUUCUGUUGAUGUCCAGUUUCAUGGGACUCUUUGGUUAUGGUCUUCAAUGGUUACUCAUACAAAAACUCAUCCAUUUGCCUUAUACUCUGGUGUUUCUACUAUGCCUGCUGUCAGGGUGUAGCAUUUGCUGGUUCAACACGGUAUGUUUUGUUUUAUGCAUCAGAAAUUUUCCAACCAACAGGCCACUUGCAUUGUCACUCACUAUCAGUUACAAUGGUUUAAGUGCUGCUCUUUACACUCUCAUUGCCAAAGCAAUAAACCCUGAAGAAAACACCAUUUAUCUCCUCUUGAAUGCCCUUGUUCCUCUCUUCACAACCAGUUUAGCACUCAUUCCAAUCCUCUGCCAACCUCCCUUGCAGCAACCCUCUAAUGAUACUGUUGCUCAUGAGCCCUCCAUCUUUCUCAUUCUCAAUGUUCUAGCUAUUACAACUGGUCUAUAUCUUUUACUACUAAAUACACUAACCUCUGAAGCAUCAACAGCACGUGUUCUCUUUGUGAGGGCUUUAUUUCUUCUAUUCCUACCGAUGUGUUUACCUACCAUUGUCUAUGCUAAAAACUGGGCUUGUAGAAGCAUUCCCAGAAGCUUCCACUUUGAUUGCUCAAGCUUCAAUUUGGUUGACACUGAUAACCUUCAGGAGCUCAUUGGAAGUGAGCAAAGUAAUGCCUUAAAUAUUUUUGGCUCUUGCGGUGCAACAGAGAAAGAACAAUAUUUUGAUAAAGUGGUAGAGAAGGACAGGUUAAUAUUGCUGGGUGAAGAGCACCCAGCAAGAUUGCUAGUGCGUAAAUGGGAUUUCUGGCUUUACUAUGUAGCAUACUUUUGUGGUGGGACAAUUGGGCUGGUCUACAGUAAUAAUUUAGGGCAGAUUGCACAGUCACUUGGAUAUUAUUCCCAGCUGAGCUCUCUCAUUACAGUCUAUUCCACAUGCUCAUUCUUUGGUCGUUUGCUCUCAGCUGCACCUGAUUUCCUGCACAACAAGCUGGAUUUCACAAGAACAGGUUGGCUAGCAGUUUCAGUUCUGGCAACACCUAUUGCUUUCUUUUUGCUAAUUGCAUCAGGCAGUGAGGUCAUAUUGCACACUUCAACAGGCCUGAUAGGACUAAGCUCUGGAUUCACAUUUUCCGCAGCUGUAUCAAUCACAUCAGAGCUGUUUGGAGCAAACAGUGCCAGCAUCAACCACAACAUCCUCAUCACCAACAUUCCCAUUGGAUCAAUCCUUUACGGACUUCUUGCUGCUCUAGUGUAUGAUGACAAUGCAGGAAGUUCAAUACAGGAAAGCUUGUUGCACGAAGCAUCAGUGUGCAUGGGAAGGCAAUGCUAUCUGAAGACAUUUAUAUGGUGGGCAUGCAUUUCCUUGUUAGGCCUUCUUUCCAGUUUUGCACUUUUCCUGAGGACCAGGCCUGCCUAUUACAGGUUUGAAAGGAACCAAAAUUGGACACAAUUUUCUUAGCUUAUACACAUAACGCCAAACUUUGUACCUAACUUAAUUUCAAAUCAACAGCAAUAGAAAAUGCACUAUAUAAAUUGCAUAAAC